AUGAUGCACUCUAUCGAAUGAUCAAUUUAUGGGUUUUUAGUAGUGAGCUUAACUGUUGAGAGUAUUUUGUGUAUUAUUAAAUAUUUCGACAUUAACUUGACAAUCAUGGAUGUCCAAAAACAGAAUCAAUCAAAUGAUGAUGAAAAUAUUCAAAAACGUUUGGAUCGAAUUAAAAUUAAUGUGAAAAGUUAUCCCGAUUUUCCAAAAUCGGGUAUUAUAUUUCGAGAUAUUUUCCCUUUAUUUCAGGAUCCCAAUCUUAUUGACGAUGUAUUAUACAUUCUUAAACAUCAUAUUAAAAACAAUGUCAAAAAUUAUGACACUAUUAUUGGACUUGAAUCUCGUGGAUUUCUUUUUGGUCCAUUAUUAGCCUAUGAACUUCGGGUACCUUUUGUACCGAUACGAAAAGCGGGAAAACUGCCAGGUAAAGUGGAAUCGAUAGCCUAUAAUUUGGAAUAUGGUUCGGAUAAAUUUGAAAUACAGAUUGAUUCGGUGAAACCGAAUUCAAAUUGUAUCAUUAUCGAUGAUUUACUUGCAACCGGUGGUUCAGCAAAUUCGGCCGUCAAAUUAAUUAAAAAAUGUGGUGCAAACGUUGUCAAUGUUAUUGUUUUGAUUGAAUUGAUCGAUCUAAAAGGUCGGCUACAAUAUCCAGAGCCAACAUUUUCGUUGGUAAAAUUUUGAAUAUUUUUUUGAAUCUCAAUUAAAAUGAAUUUUUCUAAAAAUUUUUAUUCGAA